CAUCUCACUUUUGAAAACUAACCGUUUGAUCUCGAGCCUCCCCUACCUUCUCUCUCUGCAAUGGCUGCCUCUCUCUCCUCUCCCUCUCCUCUCCGAUUCAACCAGGAGACCGACAGUGUACCAAUGGCUUCUUCUUCUCCUCUGUUCAGCCUUUCCUCAGAUAAGCGUUUCUGGAGCAAUCUCCGCAACAGGAUCGAUACCAUUCUUGAUGAACGUCAUACCAAAGUCUCCAUGGACGAUGAUUCAUCUACUCACGCUCUCGCACACGAGAGUAAUAAAUCUAAGAGGUUGAAGGAAGGUUCGUUGCUACUUAUCAGAGGGUUUGACUCCAUCGCCCACACUCUCUCUCUGCUUUCAAACAAUCUGGACAAUGCCUUGCAGGGAGCCAGAGAAUUGGGUCAACCACCCAGAUUGACCGACAUAUUACAGAACAAACACAACGAGGUUGAGAGUAAAGAAGGCGAAGCGGAAGAGGAAAAGAAAGAAGAAGAAUCAAAAAAAGGAAUAAAAAGGAAGUAUGAUCCCAGCGAGUUGUCGGAAGAUACUGUGGAUGAUUCCCAGAAGGCUAAUGAAGAAAUAAACAGAAACAAAAACCUAAAGAAAGCCAAAAAUCUUGCAGUUUUAAUGGCAAGCAAAGCAGCGUCGCUUGCAAGAGAAUUGAAGUCUAUAAAGUCAGACUUGAGCUUCAUGCAAGAAAGAUGUGCUCUGCUUGAGGAGGAGAAUAGCAGGCUGCGUGAUGGAUUUGCUAAAGGAAUAAGGCCCGAGGAAGAUGAUCUUGUGAGGCUUCAACUAGAAGCACUACUUGCAGAAAAGUCCAGAUUGGCCAAUGAAAAUGCGAAUCUGAUAAGAGAAAACCAGUGCCUGCAUCAGCUAGUGGAGUACCACCAGCAUACCUCUCAAGACCUCUCUGAAUCAUACGAGCAGGUCAUCCAGGGAAUGUAUUUGGACUUCUCGUCUCCGUCGCCGUCAGUUGUCGGAGAAGAAGAAGGAGAAGAAGAGGAUGGCGACAAUGGUAAGAAUAAAGCAUUUCAAACGCCCAGGAGUGACCUCUUCGAGUUCCCUACUUUACUCGACGAUGACGGCGUUCAUGGGGAUGAUGAGAAAGACCGAAAAUUUCCUGAUCGUCGUUAAUCUUGAAUGUCACAUGGUAUUAUUGUAUUUCUCUUCGAGUUAAACGGAAAAUUUCAGGCAUCUUCGUUGAUCUCGAAUGCCUUAAUUAUUGUAUUUCUUUGUAAUUUUAAUUCCACUGCGAAUACAAAUAACUCGAAAUUAUAAAUAGUUGAUAUUAAUUAUAUGCA